CCCCGUUGAUUUCAAUUUGAAUUUCCCAUCAAAUUUUUAAAUUCAUAGCUAACGACCAGAACCUGUUUAUUAAAAUACGAUGAGAGGCUUCUGCGUUCAACCCAGAACGUCGUCGUUCUCCGUUUCCCGUCAUUCUCUGCCGUCGUCUCCUUAUCGCAGCCCUGCUUCUAGUUUCGAAGAAGCUGAAGCUUUGAUUCUGAAAUGGAACGGCGAGACUUCUUCAUAUGCCAAAGUCACCUCUCUCUUCCACCACGACAAAACCGAGGCCACUCAGUAUAUCAAGUGCGUCAACCAUCUCCACCGGCUCAUGCACUCCCUGGACUCGCGACAACUCGUUCUCGCCCAGAACUUGAUGCAGAUGGCCAUGAAGAGGCUUCAGAAGGAGUUCUACCAAAUUCUCUCCAUAAAUCGCGCUCACCUGGAUCCCGAAUCUGUCUCUGUUAGAUCCUCUCGGACCUCCAUCAGCACCUCCGAUUACGAUGAAACUGAUGAUGGCUCGCCGGACCGCGAAAUUCGAGAAGUAGGCGAUUCGAUCUCUGAAGUCGAACUGGUGUCUUCCAUUGCCAUGGAAAACCUGAGGUCGAUUGCUGAGUGUAUGAUCUCAUGCGGUUAUUCAAAGGAAUGUGCCAGCGUGUACGUAAGUAUCAGGAAGUCGAUCAUCAUUGAAGGCCUUUAUCGUCUCAACGUUGACAAAUUGAGCUCGUCCAAGAUUCAUAAGAUGGAUUGGGAAGCUCUCGAGUUGAAAAUCAAGAGUUGGUUGGAGGCGGUGAACGUUUCGGUGAAGACGCUCUUCAACGGGGAGAGAAUCUUAUGCGACCAUGUUUUUGGCGCUUCGCAAUCCAUUAGAGCAUCUUGCUUCGCCGAAAUUUCUAGUGAUGGAGCCACUUGUCUGUUCCGAUUACCCGAACUCGUCGCCAAAUCAAAGAAAUCGCCGCCGGAGAAGAUAUUUCGGAUGCUGGACAUGUACGCUGAAUUAUCUGCACUGUGGCCGGAGAUCGAAUCCAUCUUUGCGUUCGAUUCAACCUCUGCUAUUCGAUCUCAAGGGCUCACAUCACUUACUCAGCUCAGCGAAUCAGUGAGAACGGUGUUCUUAGAAUUCGAGUCCACGAUCAAAAAGCACUCUUCCAGGUCUUCGGUAAGCGACGGAGGCGUCCACCCACUGACAAAACAGGCAAUGAGCUACCUCUCGCUUCUCACAGAUUACGACAACACACUCUCUGACAUGUUCGCCGGCUGGCCUUCUCUGCCAAAUUUGCCGUUGCCAUCGCCUCCGGAGACUUCCCGAGAUAGUUCAGACUCCGAUAACUCGUCAGCGCAUCCUUCGUUCUCCGCGAGGAUAGCUUGGCUAAUUCUCGUCCUCCUUUGUAAACUGGACGGCAAAGCAGCGUAUUACAAGGACGGUUCCUUGGGCUACUUGUUUCUCGCAAAUAAUCUGCAUCAUGUCAUCGACAGAGUCCGCAACUCGACCUUGCAGACGGUCCUGGGCUACGAGUGGAUAGUGAAGCACGAAGAGAAGAUGAAAUGGUUCGUAGCGAACUACGAGAAGGUGGCAUGGGGGCAAGUCUUCUCGUCACUGCCUGAAAACCCAAAGGCGGCGUUAUCGCCGGCGGAGGCGAAGGUGAUGUUUGAGAACUUCAACUUCAAUUUCGAGAAAGCAUACCGGAAGCAGAACUCAUUUGUGGUGGCAGAUCGGACGCUGAGAGACGAAAUCACGGGAUCAAUUGCGAGAAAAGUAGUCCCAGUUUAUCGGGAAUUUUAUGAUGCGCACAGGAUUCUUGGGGGUUCGUGGAGAGAAAUGAGAGAGCAUGUCCCAUUCACUCCCGAAGACGUGGCGAGUUACGUAUCGAAUCUCUUCUUUGCGAGGACGAUCCAGUAGCACACCGUCGUCGUCGUCGUCCAUAACAAACAUCAUGUCCUCCGUGCAGCAUUCAGAUUUCACAAACGUAUUCCCUCCGAUAACUUCAUCAGGAAAAACCUGGUGAAGAAAAAGCAUCACAGACUCGAUUCACUAAUUCUAAAUAACCUGUGGUGAAAGCAGUUGAAAUUCGUCAAGUACUAACAUUUAUGUUGGUUAUGAGUAGUUGUUGCAAAUCCAAAGAUAUAUGAAUCCAAAAGCUCGCUGUCUGUAAUUUCAGAAGCAUGCAGUUCUCGUUCGGUAACUUUUCCCAACACAUCUAGAAGCGCACAGCUAUCAGCAUGUACGACGCACGACUUCUUAUUCGGAUCUCAACUCGUUUCUCUCAAAAUGCUCCGGCAAUCAUCAUCGAUCAAUAUGCUCAAUGUAUUAAAAAAAAAAAUUAAUUAAUGGUUUGUAUGGAACCACAUGGUCACGAUGAACGGCGCAAUUUUUGUCUUCCGUACAAAUAUGUUAUUAUUUCUUCCAUUUAUUUCAUAUGAUUCUGUGUGGUUUUAUUGAUA